AGUCCAGUUGCAGACAGGGGUUCACUGCAGCGCGUUCGGACCAGAACGCAAACAGAGCAACGCAGACUUAACAUGGAUGUCUCCACCACAAUGGUGUUAGCGGGAUUGGUUUUAACUUGGCUCUGGUUGUUGACCGCUAAGUACAGAAGUAAUGUCCGUUUACCCCCAGGUCCCCGUGGACUCCCACUACUUGGGAACCUUCUACAGCUGGACAAACGUGCCCCUUUCACAACUCUGCUCAAGCUCAGUGCCAGCUAUGGUCCAGUGAUGACAAUAUAUUUGGGUACGCAGCGUCUGGUGGUUCUGGUCGGGUACGAUGUGAUAAAGGAGGCCCUGGUGGAGAAUGCAGAUGAAUUCGCCGGCAGGGGACCUAUUCCUCUCCUGGUCAGGGCGACCAGGGGCUACGGCUUGGCCAUCAGUAAUGGAGAGCGGUGGAAGCAGCUGCGUCGCUUCACCCUGUCCACGCUCAGAGACUUUGGCAUGGGGCGGAAAGGGAUGGAGGAUUGGAUCAAAGAGGAGAGCAGACACCUGGUGGACCGCAUCACUAGCACUAAAGCAAGUCCCUUUGAUCCAACCUUCUUCCUGAGCUGCACCGUCUCCAACGUGAUCUGCUGCCUGGUGUUUGGUGAGCGCUUCAGCUACGAUAAUGAACACUUCCUCAGCCUUCUGAAGAUCAUCUCACAGACGUUAAAACAUUUCAGCAGCCCCAUUGGCCAGCUGUACAACGUCUUCCCCUGGCUGCCGGACCAACUUUCGAGCCGGCAUCGUGCUGUUUUCAACGACAUUGAAAAGCUCCGCAAGUUCAUCAUGGAGAAGAUCCUGGAACACCAGGAGACCAUGGACCCCAGCGCCCCCAGAGACUACAUCGACUGUUUUCUCACCAGACUCAAACAAGAGCAGGACAAUGCCUCUUCUGAGUUUAACCAUGAGAACUUGGAGUCUACUGUGUUUAAUCUGUACAUGGCUGGAACAGAGACUACCAGUACAACCAUCAGAUUUGCACUGAGCGUGCUCAUUAAAUACCCCAACAUACAAGAGCACAUGCAGCAAGAGAUUGCCUCUGUCAUUGGGUCAGAACGUUGCCCAAAUAUGGAAGACAGGAAGUCCCUCCCCUUUACGGAUGCAGUGAUCCAUGAAGUCCAGAGGCUUCUGGACAUCGUCCCAAUGAAUGGCCCUCACUAUGCUGUCCAACACAUCUCCUUCAGGGGCUAUGAAAUCCCCAAGGGCACCAUGAUCAUUCCCAUGUUGCACUCUGUUCUGAGAGAAGAGAAACACUGGGCAACCCCCUGGUCCUUCAAUCCCCAGCACUUCCUGGACCUGGAUGGCAACUUCAAGAAGAACCCUGCAUUUCUUCCAUUCUCAGCAGGGAAGAGGUCCUGUGUGGGAGAGUCUCUGGCCCGGAUGGAGAUCUUUCUCUUCAUGGUGUCUCUGGUGCAGCGGUUCACCUUCAGCUGUCCAUCAGGACCAGAGCACAUCGACCUCAGCCCAGAGCACAGCAGCUUCGCCAGUCUGCCGCGCACCUACCACAUCGUCGCCACGCCACGCCAAAACUGACCCUCUGUGUGUGUAUGUGUGUGUGUGUGUGUGUAUGCUCCUUGUAGAAAUGGCUAUCAUUGUUCUUUUUCUUUUUAUUAUUGAAACUCAUCACAUUCGUCUUUUUUUAUCACUGAAAAUAUGUAUAAACUAUACUAAUAUUAGUCUUCUAAUUACAAAUAACGGUAAUACUCUAGCCUAUAAAAGCAUUUACUGGGUUUCUGAAGGUCUGCCUUUCUAAAAUAUAACAUCAAAAGGGGAAUUUGUAAUAGUUAUCUGGUAAUACAUGUCCAUAUCAUACAUUGGCUUCCAUGAUAUACCUGAAUACGGAGUAGUAUUAUUUUUACUUACAAGAACACAAAAAUCGGUAUUUUUACCACAUGGAAAGGAUACACAAUUUGUGAAUAAAUCAUGCCCAUUAAAUUGUGAUAUAUUUUUCGUACUGAAUAAAAUGUUAACCAACA